AUGGGGCAGACUGCGGCAGUCGCCACCGAUGCCGCAAUCUUGGCAGCGGAUGCGAUGGCCGCGUCGCUCCGCAGCUCCGAUCUGGGCGUGCUGCUGCCCAGGCAGACGCUCGAGUCGGUGAAGGUGGUCGCCCGCUUCGAGGCUGAUGAUGGCGUUCGCCAGCAGCACGAGUUCACGUACAUCACUCCCCCAGGAGAUCCCCCACGGGCCACGGCUGGCUGGCUCCUGGACCGCGUCUCGGAAACGGUGCACAGGAUGAACCACCAGGGCGCGCCGCGGGUUAUCGGGCUGAGGGUGUUGAACGCUGCUCCCAGGUCCCUGAGGGAGCUCCUGGCCAACCCACACGUGGCAGCCGCCUGCGGCGCCUUCGUGCCGCCUUGCGGGCAGGUGCUCACAGCCACCACCAGGCGAGAGCAACGGCGUUCCGGAAAGGAUCGAGGCCCACCAUUUGCCGCUCGGCCGCACUGGGUCGUUCGAGGAGUCCCUCGUGCUGGACUACGGGCAGCUCCUGGAGGACGGCGCUGCGCGGGGGCGACGCUUUCGAGGCCGUGUUCCGCGCGGAGGCGGACCCGCGGCUGGCACGGUAUUCGGCCCGCGACGCCGUGGGCGACGAGAGCAGGCCGAGGAGCGCAAGAGGAGCCACAGCGCAGCCUUACUGCCAGGACAUCGACGACCUAG